GGCUGCUCAGCGGGUCGGUCGGUGGCUCGCUCUCUCGGCUUCCGUGGCUGAUAGCUCCCGGGGCCGCUUGGACCUGGACGGACGCAGCCAUGCCACUGCGACUUGACAUCAAGAGAAAGCUAACUGCUCGGUCUGACCGAGUGAAGAGUGUGGACUUGCACCCUACAGAGCCGUGGAUGCUGGCAAGCUUGUACAAUGGCAGCGUGUGCGUGUGGAAUCAUGAAACCCAGACUCUGGUGAAGACGUUCGAAGUGUGUGACCUUCCUGUUCGGGCUGCGAAGUUUGUUGCAAGGAAGAAUUGGGUUGUGACAGGAGCGGAUGACAUGCAGAUUAGAGUGUUCAAUUACAAUACUCUGGAGAGAGUUCACAUGUUUGAAGCACACUCCGACUACAUUCGCUGCAUCGCUGUUCACCCAACCCAGCCUUUCAUUCUAACCAGCAGCGAUGACAUGCUCAUUAAGCUGUGGGACUGGGAUAAAAAAUGGUCGUGUUCACAAGUGUUCGAAGGGCACACCCAUUACGUCAUGCAGAUUGUGAUCAACCCCAAAGACAACAAUCAGUUCGCCAGUGCUUCCCUGGACAGGACCAUCAAGGUGUGGCAGCUGGGCUCUUCGUCGCCAAACUUCACUCUGGAAGGACAUGAGAAAGGCGUGAAUUGCAUUGAUUACUAUAGCGGUGGCGACAAACCCUACCUCAUUUCAGGGGCAGAUGACCGGCUUGUUAAAAUAUGGGACUACCAGAAUAAAACAUGCGUGCAGACCCUCGAGGGCCAUGCCCAAAAUGUGUCUUGUGCCAGUUUUCAUCCUGAGUUGCCAAUCAUCAUCACAGGUUCAGAAGAUGGGACCGUGCGUAUUUGGCAUUCAAGCACCUACCGUCUUGAGAGCACACUCAACUACGGAAUGGAAAGAGUAUGGUGUGUGGCCAGUCUGAGAGGGUCGAACAAUGUCGCUUUGGGCUACGAUGAAGGGAGCAUCAUUGUGAAGCUUGGCCGGGAAGAACCUGCCAUGUCCAUGGAUGCCAAUGGGAAGAUCAUUUGGGCCAAGCAUUCAGAAGUCCAGCAGGCCAACCUGAAAGCAAUGGGGGAUGCUGAAAUUAAGGAUGGGGAAAGAUUGCCGCUGGCAGUGAAGGAUAUGGGUAGUUGUGAGAUAUACCCUCAGACUAUUCAGCACAACCCUAACGGACGGUUUGUUGUGGUGUGCGGCGAUGGCGAGUACAUCAUCUACACAGCAAUGGCCCUGAGAAACAAGAGCUUCGGAUCUGCCCAGGAGUUUGCUUGGGCCCACGAUUCUUCAGAAUAUGCAAUAAGAGAGAGCAACAGUGUUGUAAAAAUAUUUAAGAACUUUAAAGAAAAGAAAUCAUUUAAACCAGAUUUUGGAGCAGAAAGUAUCUAUGGAGGCUUCCUACUGGGGGUCCGGUCUGUAAAUGGCUUAGCCUUCUACGACUGGGACAACACAGAGCUCAUACGCAGAAUUGAAAUUCAGCCCAAACACAUUUUCUGGUCUGAUUCCGGGGAGCUGGUGUGUAUUGCCACCGAGGAAUCCUUUUUCAUCCUGAAGUAUCUGUCGGAAAAAGUCCUAGCCGCACAGGAGACGCACGAAGGGGUCACUGAAGACGGCAUUGAAGAUGCCUUUGAGGUUCUUGGUGAGAUUCAAGAAAUUGUGAAAACGGGGCUGUGGGUCGGCGACUGCUUCAUUUACACCAGUUCUGUCAACAGACUAAAUUACUACGUGGGAGGGGAGAUUGUCACUAUUGCUCACUUGGACAGGACCAUGUAUCUCCUGGGCUAUAUUCCAAAAGACAAUCGGCUCUAUCUGGGGGAUAAAGAACUGAACAUUGUCAGCUACUCCCUGCUGGUUUCUGUGCUGGAGUACCAGACGGCCGUCAUGCGGAGGGACUUCAGCAUGGCUGAUAAGGUCCUCCCUACCAUUCCUAAAGAACAGAGGACCAGGGUUGCGCACUUUUUGGAAAAGCAAGGCUUCAAGCAGCAAGCUCUUACCGUGUCCACGGACCCUGAACAUCGCUUUGAGCUUGCUCUUCAGCUUGGAGAGUUAAAAAUUGCCUAUCAGUUGGCAGUGGAAGCAGAGUCAGAACAGAAGUGGAAGCAGCUGGCUGAGCUUGCCAUCAGUAAGUGUCAGUUUGGCCUCGCCCAGGAGUGUCUGCACCACGCCCAGGACUACGGGGGCCUGUUGCUCUUGGCCACUGCCUCUGGGAAUGCUGGCAUGGUGAACAAGCUGGCAGAGGGCGCAGAGAGAGACGGCAAGAACAAUGUGGCAUUCAUGAGCUACUUCCUACAGGGCAAGCUUGAUGCUUGCCUAGAACUCUUGAUCAGAACCGGACGACUGCCAGAAGCUGCCUUCCUGGCCCGAACUUACCUCCCCAGUCAGGUUUCAAGGGUAGUGCAACUCUGGAGAGAGGGUCUCUCAAAAGUCAAUCAGAAAGCUGCAGAAUCCCUUGCUGAUCCAACAGAGUACGAGAACCUCUUCCCUGGACUGAAAGAAGCCUUUGUGGUUGAAAAAUGGGUGAAAGAAACGCACUCUGAUCUGUGGCCCGCCAAGAAGUACCCACUAGUCACGCCUAAUGAAGAAAGAAAUGUUAUGGAAGAGGCCAAAGGGUUUCAGCCCUCAAAACCUGCAGCCCCACAGGAAGUUGAUGGGAAGCCUGCCUCUCCUACUCCAGUGAUAGUGGCCUCCCACCCUCCCAACAAAGAAGAACAGAGUUUAUUUGAACUGGAAGUAGAUUCGGAUAAUUUGGACUUGGAAGAUCUUGACACAACUGAUAUCAACCUGGAUGAAGAGAUUUUGUGUGAUUGAACGUAGUGUUCCCCACACCUGACGAACAAUGUAUUACCACCUUGAUCUUGACCUGGCCACAGUGCAUUGGACUAUGACCUAUGACAAAUGCCUCAGAUUUUCGCACGUAGCAGCUGUGGAGCGCUGGGCGCGGAGUGCCCUCCUCGUGUACCGGGGUUCCUCGCGCAGCUUCUGAAUCCCCACAUUUCCCUGCUUAACUAAAGCAGACGUGGGCUCUGAUUUUUUUCAUACUCUCAUGCCAUCUUGUCUCAUAAAAUCUUUUGAAUUAA